UUUCAAUCUGCCUCGUACGAGGGAAAUAGCUGAAGGCCUUAUUUCAUAUCUAUAUAGCGUAUAAUUAGGACAUAACGAAAUUUACAUUUGCCUCCUUCUUCUCUCUCUCUUUUUCUCUCUCGAUAUCUAUCUGGAUAUUGAUAUCAUCCGCAUUUAUCGGUAAUUUAAAUCGCUACUUUGGAUGACGUGUUAUUUAAACAAAUAUGGGAGGACCGCAAUCGCGGUCAGUCUUACAACAGCGUGCCAAUAAGACGACGUCGUCGGCCUCCUCGGCCUCUCCGAUUGGCCGUCGCCGAUCGUGAGGGUUCCCCCCACCUCCGACGCAUGUGUAUGAAAUAUCAGCUGAUUACGUACACCGAUACAAACAACGCAGUGACAGUGACGCGGACGAGCGCUCGCCUUUUCAUCACAAUUUAAAGCGACCUUGGAAGGAUAAAAGCCGCGACGAACAAUGCGCCUGGCCGCUCUCCGAAACUCGAUAAUCUUUCUCUUGCUUUCCGUACAAUCGGCGACACUCAGACACGUGAAAGGGAAACAAGUAUCGCCCGUUAUUUUAGUUCCAGGUGAUGGAGGCAGCCAGGUCGAGGCAAAGAUUAACAAGUCGUCGGUGGUGCAUUAUAUCUGCGAGAAAGUAUCCAACGAUUAUUUUAGCUUGUGGCUGAACAUGGAACUGCUCGUACCUGUUGUGAUAGACUGCUUUAUUGAUAAUCUUAAAUUGAAUUAUGACAAUGUAACAAGAACUACCAGUAAUCAACUCGGAGUACAGAUAAGGAUACCAGGAUGGGGCGAUCCGUUUGUAGUCGAAUACAUAGAUCCCAGUCGAGCUUCGCCAGGCUCAUAUUUCAAAGAUAUUGGAAAUAUGUUGGUGAAUGAUUUGGGAUAUAUCAGGAAUUUGUCACUGCGCGGUGCACCUUAUGAUUUCAGGAAGGGACCUAGCGAAAGUGAAGAAUUCUUCAUCAAGCUGAAAACUCUGGUUGAAGAAACAUACAUAAUGAAUAAUAAUACACCAGUGACAUUAUUGGCUCACAGCAUGGGUGGACCCAUGACUCUUAUAAUGUUACAACGUCAAAGUCAGAAAUGGAAAGAUAAAUACAUAAAUGCCCUGAUCACCCUUAGUGCUGUAUGGGCGGGAUCUGUCAAAGCUAUUAAAGUAUUUGCUAUUGGAGAUGACUUGGGCGCAUAUUUUCUUCGUGAGAGUAUACUAAGAGAUGAACAGAUAACGAGUCCAAGUUUAGGAUGGUUAUUGCCUUCCAAACUAUUUUGGAAAGACACAGAGAUUUUAGUGCAAUCAGAUCAGAAAAAUUACACAUUGAAUAAUUUACAACAAUAUUUUAUUGACAUAGAUGUUCCUAAUGCUUGGGAGUUCAGAAAAGAUAAUGAAAAAUAUCAAUUGGAUUUUACUGCACCAGGUGUUAAAGUAUAUUGUUUGUAUGGCAGCAAAGUGAAUACUGUAGAAAAGUUGUAUUAUAAGCCAGGUACAACUGUAAAUGAUUAUCCUCAAUUAAUAUUUGGAGACGGUGAUGGAACUGUAAAUAUAAGAAGCUUGGAAGCAUGUACUCAUUGGCAAAAAUCACAAAAACAAAAAAUUUAUAAUCAAGGUUUUCCUGGAGUGGAUCAUACAGAAAUCUUGAGAAAUCAUGAUAUCUUAGCGUAUAUUAAGACAGUCUUAAAAGUCUGAUAUAGCAAUAACAUGACUUUUAUUAAUAUUAAUGAAAUGCAAAGAAAUCUAAUAGAUUAGAUAAUGUCAUUAAAUUAUCUUGAUAUUUUUUGUAUAUUGGAUGAUCUUAAUAUUGAAUGUGAAAUAUCGAAAAUGCAAUGUGGUUUUAACAAGAUAGCUUUGAAUUAGCUUUUAUUUUCUCUCAACGAAAUAAUUUUAUCAUGUUUUCAAUAAUUCAUUGGACAAGAAAUACGUAACAAUGUGUAAUUGAAAAUAUAUUUUUAUUAACUAUAUUCUUCAUUAAAAUAUAUUAUACCAGCGAGUAUCAAUCGAGAAUAUCAUAAAAUGGUGCAGUUACAAAAAACAUUUUCUAAAUGUCAAUACUUCCAUUCAUUAACUGACUAUUCUCUCAUCCUAUAAUUAUAAUACUCUUUAUCUUUUCCUUACGCAUAUACAUUUUUUGUAUUCAGUAUAAUCAAUGUAUUGAUCUAAUAUUACAUGAUCUCACAUGAAACAAAGAGUGAUCGAAUUAACAUGACUAGCGAUAUAUACAUAUAUAUUAUAUAUAUAUAUAACAAUAUAUAUCCUAUAUAUAAAGUAUUUCUCUAUAUUGUACGAUAACAUAUUUUUUUAGUGGCUGACACAGCACAAUUAAAGAAUAACAAUGAAAUUCAAGUUUCAUAACCUACUAGUCAACUCCGUUGUAUUAUAAAUAUAUACCAAUGUCAUAUU